GGAUAUGUCUAUUGACAUGAUGCUGAAGUUGUUUGUGGCCAUUGGACUUUCAUGUCAUUUGUGUGUAGCGGCAGUGCCGACUGUCUCACAGACUGCUUGUACCGCAAAUGGAAAUGAAUGUAGCGGUAUACCCAACUCAGCUUGCGUCUCUACUAAGUGCAAGUGCAAUGCAGGGUUCAUUGAAACCACUACAACAUGUACCAAAGCUGUCUCAGGAACAUCAUGUACUAAAUCUGGGAACGAAUGCAGUUCUAUCGCCAACUCUGCUUGUGAUGUGACAAAUUCAAAAUGCAAAUGUGAUUCCGGUUUCAAAGAAACAGUGAAUAAGUGCACAGCAAAAUCUAAAGCCACCACAGUAUCUACUACAACAAUUACUACAUUGUUUGGUGCUACGUUACUUGUGUUUGCUUUCAGAGACCUUUUUUAAGCUGGUAAAUUAUUCAACACAACGUAUUACCAGAUCAUGACAGAUGAAUAAGAAAAUAUGUAUUUAUAUGUUCAGCUUAAGACAUUAGAAGCCUUUUUGACAAAUCACAUUUUCAAAAUUAUCCGCGGGAGAAGUUUGUAGCUUGUAAAUGACCAAUAUAGUUUUCUAUGUGGAAAACAUUUCUUUGCUUAAGUAGUUUAUCAUUUUAUUUGCUCAUAACAUUUUCUCCUAUCUGAUUGAAUAGAGCAAAAAAUUCAUACCGCCAAUUUUAAUAGAUGUGCAUUAGUGCUUAUUUUUAAGUUUUUCAUGUUUUUGUUAACUUAAUGGCAGGUUUAAUUUCUAUCAAGAUCUUUAUAUAAAUUGUUUUAGUAUAUAUAUUUCAUUCUUUUUGUCAGUCCAAAAAUCCAAUAUAACAAACAGGGGAUACUCUUAGUAUUUUUGUCAGGAACUAUUUUAACGCUUUGGCAAAGAUUAAAAGAAGCAAAUAUGUAAAUAUUUUCGAUGAAUCAAAAACCAAUUUCAAUUAAUCGAAAAUAUCUAGAUACUGAACGAGUCGCUUUGAUGUUAAUCUUUGAAGUUCAUGACGUUCCUUUCUUUACGGAAAUAAAAUCUAAGCGGAAAGUUGAAGUGGCAUUAUGCGCAUCUUAGUGGUUUUUUUGGUGACUGUUUCAUUAACGCAAUUUUCAGUUGCUGUGCAUUUAUAUGUAUUACAUAAACGAUAAUGCUGCAUAUAUAUUUGAAGUUGAUGUUUUGAAACAAAGAAAUCGGACUAAUAAAAUAAUAGUUCCAUUCUUCUCAGUGAUCUCCCUUAUGUUGUUGUUGUUGUUGUUGGUAGAGAAAUUCUGCAGUGGAAGGGAAACAACUCUUGAACACAGUUUUUUUCUCUUAAAAACAGUGGACCACUGAAAAUAAAAAAGUAAUAUUUGGAAAGUUAUUAUGUUGUACUGGUAGCAGGAAGAGUUUAGUAUAUUGGGUUAAAACUAUUAUUUUCUCUACACUUCUUAUGCUCCUAUCUAUUUCAGCUGGAUUUUUGCUUGAAAAAAAUGGGCAUAAAUCCACUUUAAAUAAGACCAGUCGUUUGAACACGACCAUGGAUUUCCUCUGGAAAACGAUUUAAUACACUGUCAAAGUGUAAAAGUUUCAAGUGAAAUUUGACAUUAGAGUUAGGUGGUGAUAUUUUAAAAAAAGCUGGGACAAAGGCAUGACAUAUUUAUGUACCUUGAUCGUUUGAUGUUUUUUCAUUCAUUCAGUGUUUCUCUAUUUUAAGUACAUAUUUUUUUCAGAAGUUUGUCAACAUUUUUAUUUUGUUAUUUUUCUAUAUUCACAUUUUUUUUGCAUUACAUUUCCAGAACAACUGUUUUAUUUUCAAAUAAACCUCUUUGUUUAAUUUGUGACUAUGUUUCAACAAUGGCAUUAUUGUUAAAUGCACUAAUGCAUUUGAAUGAAACUGGCUGAUAGAUGGUAGAUGAGUAAUACUCAUUCAUUUGCUCAGUUAUAUACAAAGUCAUUAAAACACGUAAAUAAUCACCUAAAUCAGACAUUUUUAUCCUGUCGGUAAUUUAAUUUUGCCUUUUCACUAAUCGGAACUUCUUACAGUUCCUCGAUAAUUUUGGCAAUAUCUUUCAUAACACCUGUAGUACUUUUAUGAAAUUCAGACACUUAGUCCAGUAUAUUGUUAAGAUCUUUCGAAAAAUUCCACAAAUAAAAUUUUAUGAAUAUAAUUAUUAUCUUAUUCAUUACGAUCUAUAUCCAUGUUUUAAAAACAACAGAAAUAAAAAUGCAUGUUUUGUUUUUAUUCAACGAGCAAAUAUUAUUUACAAGGAUAUAGAGUUGUAUAUAUGAUAUUGAAUUGUCACCGUUGUCUGGUCAAAUAUCAAACCCAAAUUUAAACAUAUGUCAAAGAUAUAAUAGGAUAAAGAAGUUAUUUUGUUUUUGUCAAGUUUUAAUAUCUUAUUACGACAUUCGAUCAGUAAUAAAUUCUAGACAUUUAUGUGAUUUUUUUGACAUUUUAAAAUUGGAUUAUAAAAUACAUUAAAUGAUAUCACAGCAUUACUCAACGCAUUAUUCAUUAUUGAUUUAUUACUGUGGAGUUUUAUGAAAAAAUAUCAUUAGCAACGCAUGUGUUAGAAAUUCUAUCAAUGUACUGUAUUGUGAAAUAUAUUGCCAAACAUUUCAAGGGGCGUUAGAACUGAACUUCCGAUUAGUAUAUUGCCUACAUUUGAGCAAUUUGAGUCCUAAGGAAUACUGGUAUAGUCAAUAUUAAAUGACUUUAUGUAAUUCGUGCAACCAAUCAAUGUACUGUAAAUGAAAAGUUUUUAAUAAAACUGUUGCUAAAUGUAGGGAUUGUAUACAUAAGGAUGAUCUGCAAUCAGGGUAUUAUUCCACUCUAAAGGCGUAUGAACAUGAUUAAAUAAUAUUGCUUU